AUGGGGAUGAACCCUUUGUACCAGCCCACCGGCACCUCUGCUGUCCUUGGGGACCCCUGUCGAAAGGUCCGCUGCCCUCCGCACAAGGUGUGUGUCAGCCAGGACGCCGUCACCGCCGUGUGCACCCGCAGGAAGCAGCCGGCACCAGGUGUAAAAGCCAGGAAAGGAAGUGUAGGCAACAAACACUGGCUUGAAGCAGGCGCUCAUGGGAAAUGUAGGCCGUGUUCAGGGAGCCGCUCCAGUUCUGUAUGUGGCUCCGAUGGCCAUACCUACUCCUCCAAGUGUAAGCUGGACUUCCACGGCUGUUUGUCUGGGAAGGUGCUCUCGGUGAAGUGUGACGGUCUGUGCCCAUGUCUCCGCAGUCAGGUGGCCAGCCGACCAGCACGCCCGACCACCAAGGAUGUCUGCAGUGACAGAGACCUUCACAGUCUGGCCUCCAGACUGAAGGACUGGUUCGGAGUCCUCCACCUCGAUGCCAACCGAGACCUCAAAGCCUCCGACAGCUCAGACUCCGCCCAGGGACGCUUCGACACCAGCAUCCUGCCCAUCUGCAAGGACUCGCUGGGCUGGAUGUUCAACAAGCUGGACGUGAACUUUGACCUGCUGCUGGACCAAUCAGAGCUGAGCACCCUCUACCUGGACAAGUACGAGCUGUGCAUGAAGCCGCUCUUCAACUCCUGCGACUCCUUCAAGGAUGGAAAGCUCUCCAACAACGAGUGGUGCUACUGCUUCCAGAAGCCCGAGGGACUGCCCUGCCAGAACCAGAGGAGCCGGGUUCAGCUGCUGGGGCGACAGAAGAGUCUCAUUGGAGCCUACAUCCCUCGCUGUACGGAGGUGGGCUACUUCAAGCCCACCCAGUGUCACGGCAGCACGGGUCAGUGUUGGUGUGUGGACAAAUACGGCAACGAGAUCGCAGGCUCCAGGAAACAGGGCAACCCCAGCUGUGACGAGGAGCAGGAGACCUCGGGAGACUCCGGCAGCGGAGGAGCCCUGAUCCUCCUCGACGACCACGAGGAGGGGCCCUCGGUGAGUGGGCGUGGCCAACCGAAGAAGGGGAAGCACCACCGGAGAGCCCUCGAGGACGACGAGGACGAGGGUGACGACAAAGACGACGAGAUGGGACACAUCUGGUAGCUCCGCCCCCCGGAUC